AUGCAGGCGUACAAGGAACUUGAGCAGCUCUUUACGAAACUCUAUCGCUAUGGACAUCUUUUUUCUCUUGCCACGUGGGACGCCCGUGUCAUGAUGCCUCCGAAGGGUGCUGAGGCGCGUGCCAUGGCUGUAGCCGAGUUAAAUAAGCUCAUCCACGCGAUGCUUACAAAACCCAGGGUAAGGGAACUGCUUGACUUGGCGGAGCAACAAACUGAUCAGUUGGAUUCACUUCAGCGUGGUAACCUUCGUGAGAUGCGUCGGGCCUGGCAGUUGGAAAACAUGCUUCCCGGAGACUUCGUCGAGCGCAAAACAGUUCUUACAACAAAGGCUCAACAAGUGUGGAAGAAGUGCCGUGCGGAGAAUAACUUUGAGGGAUUUCUCCCGACAAUGAAGCAGCUGGUUGAGCUGUACCGUGAGGAGGGGAAAUUGCGUGCAGGGAACUCCGGCAAGCACCCGUACGAGGCCCUGGUGGAUCUCUAUGAGCCCGGCAUGACGCUGCAGCGCCUGGACGAGGUCUUCAGUUACGUCAAGUCGUGGCUGCCUGGACUUCUGAAGGAGGUGCAGGCGAAGCAAAAGGCGCUCAACGAGAACAUUGUGGAUCCCAAGGGCCCGUUCCCUGUGGCAACACAGGAGGCGCUGGGUCGA